GGGCCACGAAGGAGCCAUGUGGGGUGCAGAGAGCUGCUUCGGCUCAUGGAGGUGUCUGCAGCAGGGUUUGUAACUUGUCAGGUCUUUCUCCUGUCUGAAAGCUGCCUUGAGCAUGUCGGAGGUUGGGCUGAGAGGCAGGGCUCCCUUGAAUGCUUCCACUUCACGGCUCUGUGGGGUGUUGCUGGCCCCUGACAGGACUGUUGCUGCGGGAAACCUAGCGGUGUGCCUGUGGGGAGGCAUUCAUUUCUCUGAGUGUGCCGGAGGUCUUUGUUGUGUGGGCUGCUUUGCAUCGGCAGCUGGGCACGGGGAGGGAGGUCUCUGGGCAAGAUUUCUGCUCUGUUUGCUCCUGUACCCCUUCUGGCAGCUGGUGAAGGGGUGCUCUGUGCGGAGGGUCAAGAUGUGGGACUGUGAGGGGCAGGAGGAUGAAAUGUGUUGGUGGUGCCUGUGGCGUUGGAGCUGGGGGUAGGAGCAGGGAGUGGGCAGGGAUGCCGACUCGGAAGGGAAAAGGAAAGGAACAACUGUGAUUGGGGAAAUAGAAAGUGGAAGAGCUGAAUUGCAGCUGAAUUUUUAGACAAUGAGCUCAUUAAAUGCAGGCCUUACAAGUGGGGAAUCUAGGCUUUGCAGUUGAAUGCUAAUCAGCAGUUCAGUGUAGCUGGGAAGCAUUGUGUGCCCUUUAAGGACCAUUGCAGCUGAGCGCUGGUCAGCUUGCCAGAAUGGGAUGGGGCUGGGCUGCCUGCUGCCAUGGCCCCACGGGAUGGUGGGAGUCCUCUCUCCGGGCAGGACGAUGGAAACUCGUCCUGGUAUCGGCUGUGCUGGAGGCAGCUGGAGUUGGCUGUAGGGGAUCUGGUCUUUGCUCCAUCUGGUUGCAGCAACCUGUUUUAAGUACUGGCCAGCACCACGUGCUCCAGAAGGAGAGGAAAUACUCCUCUUAAUUCCUGCCUGUCCGAGCUAGAGUUAAUGUGAUUAAGGGUUUUAUGCUUUGUAUGGCUUAUUGGCCCCAGCAACAACAACCUAGGAUUUUUCUUACUAAUGUUAGAUAUUACAAACAGGCAGCCAUGUUGUCCUAUUGCCACCAGAUGCCAAGUUUCUGCUGUUGACUUCCUAUCCCUGGGGUCUGGGAGCAGGGCUUUGCUUGGGCUUGGCUCGCCCUCCUGUUUGAGCCUCGUGUCCCUGCUCCUGUGUGCUUGAGGAGUGUCCCAGGUGCAGCACUGGGAUGCUGUGGCUGUGCCACCCCAGGGGCCACUGCUGCCAAGCAUAGAUGUGCCUCAGGUGGCAACGGGAGCUCUUGGAGUGGGCCUUUAUUUCUUUAUUUUGGCCGAGGGAGCAGGAUGUCUGCAGCUCAGGCUAAUUAUAAUGCGACCUAAUUAGUUGCCUGUUCUGACAGUGUGUGGUGAUGGUGGUAACCACAAUAACCUCUCUUCCCAAAGUCUUGCAAGCAGGCUCUGGGGAGCUCUGGAGUCCUGCAGCUCACCUUGCUGUGAUCUCAUCUGGGCAAAGGCAGCUUGUGGGCAGGUGUGUGUGAGUGAGAGCUGGGCUGAGUGACCUCCCUGAGGUAUGUAGCGGGGGAGGAGAGCAGCCGCCAGAUUAGUCUGCAGAGUGGGAGGAAGUGCAUGAAUUCCAGCACUGCUGUUGCACUUAGGGAAUUUCAUGUGCUGCCCACUCAUUUCCCCACUCGACAGGCACGAGGCAGUCAUGAAGCCUGUGGUCUCCCUUCGACCCCCUGAAGCAGCCUGAGAGGCCCGGGCUGGGUGCACACUGGUGCUGCACACCCUCAUUCACCCUGGGAUGGCUGUGCUCCUGCUGUGACCGGCUGUCCCUGAUCUGCCACCAGCUGCCCAGUGAUCAGGGAGGUAAUUCUGAUGGGAGGCUUGGCUGCCCAAGGCUGUGUCGUUCCAGCUCUGCAGAGGAAAUCUGUGUGUAGACUUCCAUCUUGUCCUAUCCCUUCAAGAGUAAAGCAUGGCAGAGGGAUUGGAAAUCCUUGCUGGUGAUGGGAGUCUGCUCCGGCUCCAGUAUGGAGGAGUUAUCAAAGCUCUUGACAUGUAAGGUGAUACACAGUGCCCAGAGGAAAUCAAGUGCUGCUUAGAAAGGAUUUUGAAAUAUUUAAGAGGAGAUUAUUACCACUUCAGCACCAUUACUCUGAUUUGUUUCAGAGCCCGUGUUAGGCCAUUACAGCAAGCGGGAGCUGCAGAUCAAAGUACAGUUGCCCACAGUGUGUGCAGCAAGCUUCGGUAGGGUGGAUGUGUACAGGAAGGGCUGGUUUUUGUUCCAGUCUUUCUCAAGGAGUGUGAAUAUUUAGAAAUUGCUCUUUGAUCCUCCAGUAUUUGGGAUUUCUCGUUCAACUAUCCUUUUUUUUUUUUGUUUGGUGGCUUUCUUAUUAAGACAACUGGUGAGGUAGCUGCCGAGUCAGUACUGGUAAUGCAGUCCUCAGCUUUUCCUUUUUCCUUUUCUUCCUUUCCCAGUCCUUUUAUCUUCUGUGGUGUAAACAUCCAGCUGUGCUGCAUAACACCAUUGCGGUGAUUGUACUAGCACAGUAAUUGCACAUAAUACACUACUUGCCCUUAAAUAAGUAUUUUCAGUUAAGUAUUGCCUCUUUCCUUCCUUGCCCCUAUUGCUGUUGCCUCUUUCCUCCCCCAGUGCUCCAGCAGCAGGAACACUCUGCAGCCUGGGUGGAAGUGAGCCAGCCUGGGAAUCUGGGUGCAUCCUUGUUGCAGCAGAUUUUGGCAGCAGCUCAGUGUCUCAUCUGCUGCCAGGAUUGUUACUGUGGCUGUACUGCAAAGCCUUUCUGUGUCAGCCAUGGUGCUUGUAGCUGUGUGCGGUGUCCCAGCUCAUCUGUGGGGCCACAGCUGCGCUGUUGCAGAAGGGCACCCACCACAGCCCUGUUGCUGACAUGCUGCUGGAGCUGCCCCAUCUCUGCAUGCCUGAGAUGUGAGAUAUCUUUGCCUUUCAGUGUGAGAGCCCCUCGGUAAUGCUUGUGUGUUGCUAGGGUGAACCUUGGCUGGCAGCCUGGGCAGCUUUGAGCAUGCAGGGAGCAAAGCUCUGGUGUCAUGGCAGGACAGAGGGUGACGGCAGGGCUGGUGAGGCAGCUGGGCACGCAGGUGCUGCAUAGUCCUGCUGUGCCACCUCUGCAGUAUAGGACAGGGUGGCUUUCAGGAUGCUGGGAUAUGUUUAGGGGUCAAACCGGCUCCAGUGCUCUCCUCCGGCUCUGCUUGUUACCUGUGCUAUCCUUGCAAGGUGUGUGUCAUCCUGCAGGAGCAGGGCUGCUGUGCUGGCAGCGCAAUGGGUAAGUGCUGCCCAGGGCCUGGCUGGAGCCCGGGGUGAUGCAGGGGAGCUCCCAGAAGGCAGUCGGUGUGGUUUUGGGUUGGGCCGAGGAGAGCUGGGACUGAUGCUCCCCAUGUUCAGCUCUGUAACAACUGUGCUGUACCUUGUUGUGCCAAGUGCCUGCACCCGUGGGGGUGCGGCAGGGAAUGAAUGACACCUUCUCUCAUGCCCUAUAAAUACGUCUCUCCCUAAAUAGUCUGGCCAUGCAGCUGUGUGUCGGUCGUGUGGCUGUGCCAAGGUCCUAAAAUACUCGCACUGCUCUGGGAGGAGAGUGGGGGUGGGGAGGGAAUGCAGCAGUUUGCAGGGUGCUGUGCUGCUCCAUGGGUGGCAGUGAGUGCCUGGGAGCUGCCACGUCCUGCUGUCCCCAGCCAUGAGUGACUGGGAAGCUGACUCUGGGGGAUGAGUGUGCCUGCUGAGCUGCUGCCCCUUGCCAGUGGCCUGUCCUGCAUUGAAGUGCUCCUCUGGGGCCGCCCAGCCCUGUGCACUGAACACCUAUUGUGUGGCUGGGACUGUGUGCUGUUCUGCUGCCUGUUCCUCACAAUCCUGGCUUUGUGCUGCCUCUCUGCAGGAUAGUUGAGCCCUGAAGCUGUGCCCAGUGGUGAGGCACCCAGUGUAGCCAGUUAACCCUUCUGGGUGGUGUCUGCCCUCCAGGCUCAGUGCUGAGAUGAAGACAGGCACUGAGGACCAGUGUUUUCCUGCAGGUAGUAUCUGCAUCACAGGGGUAAGAUGGGCCGGGCACCUUCCCUUCUUCUGGCUUCAUCUCUGCCCUUCUCUGAGAGUGGCAGCCCUUGUUUGAGGGCUUGCUGUAGCUCUGCCUCCACAGCCAGCUAGAGAGCAGCAUCAGCUUGUUAGGGUAGAGCAAACUAACAGAAAAAAGCAAAUGCCCAGAGCCUCCCUGCCAUGAUAUACAGUGGUGCCUUAUCUGAUGAAAGGCACUGCCUGUCCAGCUGCCUCACUCUAGAGGAACAGCUCCAUACCCUUUUCCUCAAACUUACAGGGAAGGCAGUCUGACACUUAAAUAAGGGAGAGAUUGUACUUCAUGCAACUCUGCAAGAGCAUCUCAGAGCUAGGUUUGGUUGUGCUGCUUACACGUACCUUAAAUUACUGAUGCUUUUCUGCAGUGUGCCUGCUGUUUCUUCCUUUUCUGACCUGUCACUCUGUGACCUGGUUUCUGCUCCAGCAGAGGUUUCUCUCCUAGUUUCCCAGAAAGUAGUCCCAUCUAGUGUCCUUAGAUUUGCUGGCUGCAGGUGUGCCUGCGGGUUAGCAGCAGGGUCUGCAAGCCCACCAGGUGCUAUCGCUUCUGUUCUCAUGGGCUUGAUACACUGGGCCUUAUGGUAGUAGAGGUACAGUAUAAAAACUGGUUUGGGAGGUGGUGGGGCUGUCUAAAAAGCAGCAGAUGCCACCCUGGCUUGAAGGAUCCCCACCUGGUGCUGUCGUGGGGCAAUGCUGUUGGCUGCAGCCCUGCCUUGUGCUGCCUACGCCUGCAUGCGGCUCAGGGCCAGCAGCUUUGUUCAUGCUUUUCUCAGCCGCAGCUUCCUCUGCAGCUGUGAGGUUUCUGAGCUGGAAAGGGCUUUCUUCCAGAGCAACCACAAUUGUGCAGGUCUUGGUCUGGGAUGGCUGCAGCUGUUGUGCUCUUUGGAAGAGAGCUAAUAGUGAAUGAAUGAUGGGUGGAAGGAUUUCACUAGCUCCUGACAGAGAAGAGGGCUUCAGCACAGUGUGUAGGGCUUCCUCUCUGAACAGUCAAGAUAUAACUGCAUUGGGUUUGAGAUGGCGGGGAAGGAGGCCAGGGCAGCAGCAGGCACUGCAGCAGGGUUAAGCCUAGCCAGACCCUGCCCCAUCCUGCUGUGAGAGCCCUGGUUUUGUGCUGGACCCCAAUGGCCAGCUCUGAUCUGACUCACUUUCUGAUUUAGGAAUGAAUCUUGAUGUGGUGGGACUUCUCCCUCUGAGUGAAUGCAGGGGCUGACAAGGCUGGGAUGAGGGAUGGCUAUUGAACAGUUCAGAAGUGAAGUUCAUCUCUUGUGUCUUCAGACUUUGAAACCCAGUAACGAUUUUCAUGGCUAUGAAGCGCUGGGUAUUCCUCUCCUGCUGGCAGAGGAUGUCAAGGGAGGAACUGGUGCACAGUCUCAGUCUGAGAGCUGCAGAUCACUGCCUCCCUCCCUUAUUUCUACCCUUACCUCCUGCAAGGAGUUCUUUUACAAUUUUUUUGUGCUCUCAUGGGAGGAUGGUCCUACUCCAGCCUUGCUCCUAGACCUGUCCCAAGGUGCGUGUAAAUCUGUUCUCCUCCCGUUGCUGUCUUGCAGCCAUCAGGCACCAAGCCAGGAUUACAGCAGUGUACUGUGCUUCCCUCAGCCUGCUUCUGUGCUCUGCCUCAGGGCACUGAAUCAACAGCUGCCCUGAAGCAGAGUGCUUAUGUAGUGCAAAAGCAUUUCAGAGAGCAGAGAUCUUAACAGCCAAGUGGGUGUCUUUUGCUUACAAAGGAAGAUAGCCUCCUUUCAGGGGAGGUUCUGGUUGGUCUGUGCACCCUGUUUCUCCUCUAAAUGAGCUUGAGAGCAGGCAGCAGCUGGCUCUGGCAUGCCUUUGCUGCUCCAUGCUGCUGCAUGGUGUAAGCUGUGUGCAAGUUAACUUCAUGCUGGACACGUAUGACUCAGGACGGGAUGGAUACAUCGACCUGAUGGAGCUGAAACUGAUGAUGGAAAAGCUGGGAGCCCCGCAGACCCACCUGGGCCUGAAGAACAUGAUCAAAGAGGUGGAUGAAGACUUUGAUGGGAAGCUCAGCUUCCGUGAGUUCCUGCUGAUUUUCCAUAAAGCUGCAGCUGGGGAACUUGAGGAGGACAGUGGACUGUUGACUCUUGCAAAGCUCUCUGAGAUAGAUGUCUCCAUUGAAGGAGUCAAAGGAGCCAAGAACUUCUUUGAAGCUAAGGUUCAAGCCCUUUCUUCAGCAAGUAAGUUUGAAGCAGAGAUAAGAGCUGAGCAAGAUGAGCGAAAGCGAGAAGAGGAGGAAAGGAAACACCGCCGAGCAGCUUUCAGGGAGUUGAAGUCUGCAUUCACCCAGUAAGCAGCCAGCCAAUACGCGCUCCGAGAUUGCACAGGAUUAGGUACGUUUUCCAGAUCAGGGCUCUACCUGGAAAGAACAGCCUGGAUCCUGCCAAGCGAAGCUGUAACAGAUUUUAGUCUUCCUCUCUUGAAGAUCAUUCUGAGUUUCUAAGGACACAACUCUUGCAGUUACUAUGCAUUCAUAACGAUGUGAAUCGUAAGAGCUGUGUGCAUGCUGCUUGCUUUGAACUGUCAGGAGUACAUCACCUGAAGUAGAAACAGCAGGUAGCAAGUCAUGGGUAAGCACUGACAAGUGUUUACCUACUUCAUUCUUUCUUUUUCUGUAUGCUUUUCUCUUAACCUUCUUACUAAUUCAUUCCUUGCUUACAUUCAAGUAGUGAGGUCUUGUGUAAAGCAGAGCGUACAAAGUACAGAUUCACUUCCUGUAUGUUUGUGUCACUGUUGUCACACAUCCUUGACUUGUCAGUCUUCCUCAAAGCCCUGUGCUGCAGGCACUGAAAGCACUGUGAAGAGAGAAACACAACUACUAGGGACAGGGAUCAAACUCAUAAUUUCCUGUAGCUUUUUUCUUCUGCCCAGUGCAUUGGAGAGUCGUCCAGGUUUUUCCUUCUCUGAAGUGCCAUACUAACCCUUCAGUAAGAUGCAGGAUUUCUGAGAACUUUAAAGGGGGGAAGCUGGCUCUCUAAAACAAGGAAUAGAAAACUGAGUUGCCUAAUCAUGUAUCUUUCACAUUCCAUCAUGUUUAGUGUACUAUAUGGCUUCACUGUAUUUUUCAGCCUUAGCCGUAUCUGUUUUUAAGGGAUAUUGCCAGAUGAAUAACAAAAUUAGAUGGCACACAGGGUGUUUUUUUUUCCAAUUUGGAUAUGUGCUCAUCCUGAAUCAUAAAGGUGGUGGUGGUGGUGUUUGAUUUCGUUAGACCUAUAACACAUGAAACCAGCCCAGCAUCCUGAGCGAUCCCUGCUCAAGAAGGGAAGACCAGGGAGGUUAGCAUCUUUAGCUGAAUUGGAUUUAAAGGGCUUGCACUGUACUUAGCUAUUUCCUUUAACACACACACACACACACACACACACACACACACACACACACACACACACACACACAGGAAACUUGCCCACAAAUGUUAAAUACCUGAUGCUUGUCUGGAUAUAUGCUGUAGGUUAUGACAGAGGGAAGCUGUGUUCCCUUGGAGAGACCUCUCAAAACAUGAAUUUGCUCACGUUCUGUCUUUGUUGCCCCAGUUGGUGCAUUUUUUUUCUCUCCAGACCAAAACUCAGCAGUCAUCUUUUACGUUUGUCUGUUUUGCUUCUUAAACUAUGAGCACUAAACUGUGAGCAUGGAAUAAUGAAUAGAAAAACCUCUAUUCUUUAAUGUCAGGUGAAAGAAUUGCUAAACAAUUAAACUGUGUGUAUAUAUAUCUUCACAGAUUAUAUUUUAUAAAAUCACGCUUUUUUAGCUAAAUAUUUAUAAUUAAAUGUUUUUAUACUUGACAACAAAGCAAAUAAUUUCAUCUUUGAUUAUUUCUCCUGUUGCUGAAAUGUACAAAUAAAGCACCAUUAUCUCCA